AUACAAAUUAUCAAAAGUCUUGCUUAAAAGCACAAAUACGCAAUUGCAAACAAUUCAAUAAACUCCUCGCACAAUUAAGCAACAACAACACAGAACCAGCAAGAUGUCUGUCAGCGAUUUCAUCAAGGGCCUGCCAAUUCAUGAUUCCAAUAAUUUCACUCACCUGAGCAACGAGCACGGAAUACGAACGUCUCAAAAGCGCGCCUCUGUGUAUUUGCCCACCGAAGAUGAGGCCUCGGAGCAGCUUAUUGUAAUGGACAAGCGAUGCGUGCUACUGCGCUAUCUCACCCAACAGUGGGACAAGAAGACAUUGCAGCGUAAACGGGAGCAUGGCAACGAGGGCAACGCCAACAGCUCCACCCCCAUUGGCAAUGGCAGCAACAGCAAAAAGCGCCCACGCAUAGAUCCCAACGAGCUGAACUGAGCGGCAGGACACCGACCAAUCUGAAGGAACCUACGAACGCAUAUAUACUUACGUUUAUCCCCCCCUCCCCUCAUGUGCACACAUAAAUAUGUUUUAAUCAAUUCACCAAGUACAAAAACAUUUAUGAAUAUGUAUUAAACGAAUGUCCAAUUACCAGA